AAAUCCAUACGGUGCCGUUUGGGAUGUGAGAAUCGUAUGGGGACACUCCACAUUCUACCAUACGGCAAACCUGUGAUCCUCUACAACAAAAGUCAAGUCCAAAACGUCGCCGUUCCUGUUCGAGAAUGGUCAAAACCGCCGCGAAAUCCUUUGAUGGCACCUAAUGCGGUUAACGGAAUUAACCCGGACCGGUUCCGUGAUCCGACCACCGCGUGGCUUGGACGUGACGGAGAAUGGCGAGUGAUCGUCGGAAGCUCGAAUGACGAUCGUCGAGGAUUAGCGAUUCUUUACAAAAGCAGAGAUUUCUUCAAUUGGACGCAAUCGACGAAGACUUAACAGGAAUGUGG